GUUUUUGAUCUUUAUUAUGUUAAAAUCCGUGGUGUACAGUGUGAAUAUGAGAACAGAAACGAAAGCAAAAGCUUGAAACUUUAACCUCUUCCUUUGGCCUUUUCCAUUCCUUUGUCUUGUUGUUAAGUUGUUUUCUGUGUUUCUCAUUCUGGGUCUGACAAAUAUGGGGUCAAGCAUGUUGAAUAUUAGGGCUGUGUUUCAUACUGUAUAAGCCUUCUUUGGCUGAUUUUCAUUUUUCUUGGUAGAUAGAGAUAUAGAUAAAGAUUAAAAAAAAUUUUGGAGAUAUGAACGGGAAGGAAAUGAGGAAAAAAAGGAGUUUUCUUGUCUUAUUUCCUUUCGGUUUUUUGUACUUUUCUGCAACUGAUUUUCUGGACGGAGAAAGUGUUCAAAAGAUAGAGACAGGGAGGUGAAAAAAAAGUCAUGAUUCAUGCAUAGGCGUUGACGAGGAAAAAGCUUUGAACUUUCUGUUUUCUAUUGAGAAAUGUAGACUUUGCUGUCAGUUUCUUUGUUUUGCUGAAUAUGUCAUUGCUUUGCUAUAGUCAAACCUGGAAAUCAACUAGACGGUUACUUAUAUCUCUUAGAAUUUCCCAUUUUUUAAGCCUUUAACCCUUUGAAGCGAACGUGGAAUCCCUUAAAUUCAGAGUGCCAAAGAAUUUGCUUACCUAAACAAAACAAAAAAAGUUGUGUAAUCUGUGGAAUUUUGGUGGUUUUGAGCCCUGGCUAAUAAAGCCUCAUCAUGCCUGGUGGUGCAAUUACUGAUCCCAGCUUUCUACCUUACCCAAUUCCCAGUUCAAUGCCUAGUUCCUCUGAAUUCUCCAGUUCCUUAGUAUGAACCAUUUUGUUCCACUUCCAUAGGAAAAUGGAUGGUUAUGGAGAAGUAUGUCUGCUUGGAGAUGGCUUUGAUCCUACUGGAAUUGUGAGGAUAAGGGAAGAUGAAUAUGAUAGCAGAUCAGGCAGCGACAAUAUCGAUGGUGCUGUAUCGGGGGAUGAUCACGAUGCUAACGAUGAACAACCACCAAAAAGGAAGAAGUACCAUAGGCAUACUCCCCAUCAGAUCCAAGAGCUUGAGAUUUUCUUCAAGGAGUGUCCCCAUCCCGAUGAUAAACAAAGAAAUGAGCUCAGUAGAAGGCUUGGUUUGGAGACAAAGCAAGUGAAAUUUUGGUUUCAAAAUCGUCGAACACAGAUGAAGACACAAAUAGAACGACACGAGAAUGCAAUUCUUAAGCAAGAAAAUGAUAAGCUCCGGGCCGAGAAUAGUGUGAUGAAGGAUGCUAUUUCUAACCCAACGUGUAGUACUUGUGGGGGCCCUUCAAUUCCUGUUCAUUUAUCAUUUGAAGAACACCAGCUUAGGAUUGAGAAUGCCAGAUUAAGAGAGGAACUGCAUCGGUUAUAUGCUGUCACCAACAAGUUCUUGGGCUGGCCAGUUGUGCCGUUUGCCAAUCAUGGCUCUUCGCCAAGUUCUGACUCUUGCUUGGAACUUUCUGUAGGAAGAAAUGGACCCGGAAAUUUGAGUACCGUUUCCGAUUCUAUGGGGCUUAACUUGGGAAACGAACUUUUCAGUGCUGGCUCUGUGAUGCCUAUUAGUAAGCCUGACAUAGGCAUGCUAACUAAUGAUAUACCACUUGAGAGAACAAUAUAUGUGGAUCUUGCUUUGGCAGCUAUGAAUGAAUUGGUUAAGAUGGCUCAAAUGGAUGGUCCCCUUUGGAUCAGAAGUCGGGCCGACAGUGGCAAAGAGACAUUGAACCUUGAUGAAUAUUCAAGGACAUUUCCUUCUUCGGCUGGUAUGAAGCACACUAAUUGGACAACAGAGGCGACCAGAGAUACUACAAUGGUCAUCAUCAACAGCUUGGCACUUGUUGAGACAUUGAUGGACGCAAACCGAUGGGCAGAAAUGUUUCCUUGUUUGAUUGCUCGAGCUACUACAACCGAUGUGAUAUCAAGUGGCAUGGGUGGAACUAGAAAUGGUGCAUUACAAUUGAUGCAUGCUGAACUGCGAGUGCUUUCCCCACUCGUUCCUGUUCGUACACUUAAGUUCCUCCGCUUCUGCAAGCAGCAUGCUGAUGGUCUAUGGGCUGUAGUUGAUGUUUCCAUUGGAGAAGGUUCAAAUUCAAACUCAUUUUCCGGUUGCAAGAGACUCCCUUCAGGCUGUGUUGUGCAAGAUAUGCCCAAUGGUUUCUCCAAGGUUACAUGGGUGGAACAUACAGAAUAUGAUGAGACGGUCAUACACCAGCUUUACCGCCAGUUAAUUAGUUCGGGCAGCGGCUUUGGUUCACAACGGUGGCUCGCUACCCUUCAAAGACAAUGCGACUGUUUGGCAAUUCUUAUGUCCUCUACUAUCCCCACCGAAGAUCCUGCAGGAAUAUCGCCAUCUGGUAGGAGAAGUAUGCUGAAGCUGUCGCAGCGUAUGGUGGAUAACUUCUGUUCUGGGGUUUGUAGUUCGACUUUGCAUAAGUGGGACAAGCUCGUUGUAGGCAAUAUUAGUGAAGAUGUAAAAGUGAUGGCUAGAAAGAGUAUCAACGAUCCUGGUGAGCCACCCGGUAUCGUGUUGAGUGCUGCAACUUCGGUUUGGAUGCCAGUAACUCAACAGCGGUUGUUUGCAUUCUUGCAAGACGAGUGCUUACGAAGUGAGUGGGAUAUUUUAUCCAACAGCCGGCCAAUGCUAGAAAUGCUCCGCAUCUCGAAAAGCCAGGGACCGGAUAACCGUGUUUCUCUACUGUGUGCUAAUCCCAUGAACGCUAAUGAGAACACAAUGUUCAUAUUGCAAGAGACUUGGACUGAUGUAUCAGGCUCACUGGUUGUUUUCGCUCCAGUCGACACAUCGUCGGUUAAUUUGGUAAUGCGUGGAGGAGAUUCUGCUUAUGUAUCACUAUUACCAUCAGGAUUUGCAAUUCUCCCCAUUGAUCAAUCCAACUAUGCUUGUACAAACGGCGAAGACGCAACAGUCAAGUCAAGCAUUAACAGUGGCCAUGGUGGUGCAUGUCUCCUCACAGUUGCAUUCCAGAUUUUGGUGAAUAGCCUUCCAACUGCCAAACUCACCGUCGAGUCAGUUGAGACAGUUAACCAUCUCAUUUCUUGCACCAUCCAGAAGAUCAAAGCUGCCCUUCAAGUAUCGUAACGAUACGUGCUCAUCAAGCAAGCUUUUGGUGCCUUUUUCUGUUUUCUCUUUUGUCAAAAAGGUAGGCUCAUAUGCAAAGGUUAUGGAAAAAUUCAUAGAAUGAACAUGAAAAGAGCUCAGACAAAGAAUGUUGAAACAUAGGUUACUAGUCAAGAACGAACCGCAAAUACUAGAUUUCAUAUCAGGUUUAUACAAGUUUCAAAGGAUGUGAUUGUUGUUAGGGUGGUUCGGUUCGGGUAUUGACUCGAUGACCGGUGAAGAGAACUUAUUUGUAUGUUUGUCUUGAGUUGUGAAACUUUUUGUGAUGUAGUUCUCUACUUUGUUUCUCCAACCUCUGAUUUUGAUUUACGGAUCUAUGAGCUGUCAUAAAACAAAGGCCCAAUAAGGCCCACUAGAUCUAACAUUCUCCAACUCAAUUUCAGA